CCUCCUCGCGCUCAGCUCCGGGGAGGCGACUGCGCCCGCGGUGGGAUCGCGCAGGAGGCGCGCGCGGGGCCAGAGGCGGCGAUCGCGGGCGCGCGGCAUGGGGAAGAGCCGCGAGAUGCGUAUGACUCGCAUCUGCUGCUGCUGCCUGCUCUACCACCUGGGCUUCCUGGCGAAUGGGCUCGUUUCAGGGCUGCAGUUCGCCCCGGACCGCGAGGAGUGGGAGGUCGUGUAUCCUGCACUCUGGAGCCGGGAGCCGGUGGACGCGGCCAGCGGCAGCGGGGGCAGCGCGGACCCGGGCUGGAUGCGCGGCGCAGCUGCCGGCGGAGGCGCCCGGGCGCAGGCUGCGGGCAGCUCACGCGAGGUGCGCUCGGUGGCCCCCGCGCCCCUGGAGGAGCCCGCUGGAUCGGAGUCCCGGCCCCGGCCCGUGUCGGCGCAAGGGGCUGAAGAAGACGAGGAGCUCGAGUCGCAGGAGCUGCCAAGGGCAUCCAGCGGCGCUGCUCCCCUGUCCCCGGGCGCCCCGGCCUCGUGGCAGCCGCCCCCGCCUCCGCAGCCGCCCCCGUCCCCCCCGGCCCAGCCAGCCGACCCUGAAGGCGACGAGGUGUUGCUGAGGAUCCCGGCCUUCUCCCGGGACCUGUACCUGCUGCUGCGGAGGGACGGUCGCUUCCUGGCGCCGCGCUUCGCGGUGGAACAGCGGCCGCAGCCCGGCCCCACCGCAGCCGCAGCCCCUGUGCACCCUCCCGAGCCACCCGACGCCGCCUGCUUUUACACCGGGGCGGUGCUGCGGCAUCCGGGCUCACUGGCCUCUUUCAGCACCUGUGGAGGCGGCCUGAUGGGAUUCAUACAGCUCAAUGAGGACUUCCUAUUUAUUGAGCCGCUCAAUGAUACAGUGGCCAUAACAGGCCACCCACACCGUGUGUAUAGACAGAAAAGGUCCGUGGAGGACAAGGGCUCCGAGAAAUCAGCUGUCCACAGUCAUUACUGUGGUGUCAUUCCAGAUAAAGCAAGACCUAGGUCUAAAAAAGUAGCAGAAAGUGGAAGAAAGAAACGAUAUUCAUACAAAUUACCUCAAGAAUACAACAUAGAGACUGUAGUGGUUGCAGACCCUGCAAUGGUUUCCUAUCACGGAGCAGAUGCAGCCAGGAGAUUCAUUCUAAUCAUCUUAAAUAUGGUUUUUAACCUUUUCCAACACAAGAGCCUUGGGGUGCAGGUCAAUUUUCGUGUGAUCAAGCUUGUUCUGCUGCAUGAAACUCCAACAGAUCUCUAUAUUGGACACCAUGGAGAGAAAAUGUUAGAAAGCUUUUGUAAGUGGCAACAUGAAGAAUUUGGCAAAAAAAAUGAUAUACGGUUGGAGAUGUCAACAAGCUGGGGGGAUGACAUGACUUCAGUGGAUGCUGCUAUUCUUAUAACAAGGAAAGAUUUCUGUGUCCACAAAGACGAGCCAUGUGAUACUGUUGGCAUAGCUUACUUGAAUGGAAUGUGUAGUGAAAAGAGAAAAUGUAUUAUUGCUGAAGACAAUGGCCUGAAUCUUGCAUUUACAAUUGCUCAUGAAAUGGGUCACAACAUGGGUAUUAACCAUGACAAUGACCACCCAUCAUGUGCUGACGGUCUUCAUAUCAUGUCUGGUGAAUGGAUUAAAGGACAAAAUCUUGGUGAUGUGUCAUGGUCCCAGUGCAGCAAGGAAGAUUUGGAGAGAUUUCUGAGGUCAAAGGCGAGUAGCUGCCUUCUACAGACAAACCCCCAGAGUGUCAAUUCUGUGAUGGUGCCCUCCAAGCUGCCAGGAAUGACCUACACUGCAGAUGAACAGUGUCAGAUUCUCUUUGGGCCAUUGGCUUCCUUUUGUCAAGAGAUGCAGCAUGUUAUUUGCACAGGUUUAUGGUGCAAGGUAGAAGGUGAGAAAGAAUGCAAAACCAAGCUAGACCCACCAAUGGACGGCACAGAUUGUGAUCUUGGUAAGUGGUGUAAGGCGGGAGACUGUAGCAGCAGGACCUCAGCGCCUGAGCGCCUGGCCGGAGAGUGGAGCGUGUGGAGUUCCUGUAGCCGAAGCUGCGGUUCUGGGAUCAGCAGCCGGGAGCGCGAAUGUCCUGGGCUAGGUUCUGAAGCAAGGGAUUGUAAUGGUCCCAGAAAACAAUACAGAAUAUGUGAGAAUCCACCUUGUCCUGCAGGUUUGCCUGGAUUCAGAGACUGGCAAUGUCAGGCCUAUAGUGUUAGAUAUUCGUCCCCAAAGCAUGUACUCCAGUGGCAAGCUGUCUUGGAUGAAGAAAAACCAUGUGCCUUGUUUUGCUCUCCUGUGGGAAAAGAACAGCCUGUGCUGCUAUCAGAAAAAGUGAUGGAUGGAACUUCUUGUGGCCAUCAGGGACUGGAUAUCUGUGCAAAUGGCAGAUGCCAGAGAGUUGGCUGUGAUGGUUUAUUAGGGUCUCUGGCAAGGGAAGAUCAUUGUGGUAUAUGCAAUGGCAAUGGAAAAUCCUGCAAGAUUAUUAAAGGAGACUUUAAUCACACCAGAGGAGCAGGUUACGUGGAGGUGCUGGUGAUCCCUGCUGGAGCAAGGAGGAUCAAAGUCGUUGAAGAAAAGCCAGGACACAGCUACUUAGCUCUCCGAGAUGCUGGCAAACAGUCUAUUAAUAGUGACUGGAAGAUUGAACACUCUGGAGCAUUCAAUUUAGCUGGAACCACUGUCCAUUACAUCAGACGAGGCCUCUGGGAGAAGAUCUCUGCCAAAGGUCCUACUACAGCGCCUUUACAUCUCCUGGUACUCCUGUUUCAAGAUCAGAACUAUGGUCUUCAUUACGAAUACACUAUCCCCUCAGAGCCUCUUCCAGAGAACCAGAGCACCAAAGCACCCGACCCCCUCUUCCUGUGGACGCACACAGGCUGGCAAGAUUGUGAUGCCACGUGUGGAGGAGGCGAAAGGAAGACAAUGGUGUCUUGUACAAAAAUUAUGAGCAAAAAUAUCAGCAUUGUGGACAAUAAGAAAUGCAAAUACCUAACCAAGCCUGAGCCACAGAUUCGAAAGUGCAAUGAGCAGCCAUGUCAGACAAGGUGGAUGAUGACAGAAUGGACACCGUGUUCACGGACAUGCGGGAAAGGGAUGCAGAACAGACAGGUGGCCUGCACCCAGCAACUGAGCAACGGAACCCUGGUUAGAGCCCAUGAGACGGACUGUGCUGGGCCUAAACCUGCCUCCGCCCAGCGCUGUGAAGGCCAGGACUGUAUGACGGUGUGGGAGGCAGGAGUGUGGUCCGAGUGCUCAGUCAAGUGUGGCAAAGGAGUCCGUCAUCGGACUGUCAGGUGCACCAAUCCCAGAAAGAAAUGUGUGCUCUCUACCAGACCCAGGGAGGCUGAGGACUGUGAGGAUUAUUCGAAAUGCUAUGUUUGGCGAAUGGGUGAUUGGUCAAAGUGUUCAGUUACCUGUGGCAAAGGAAUGCAGUCCCGUGUCAUUCAGUGCAUGCAUAAGAUCACAGGAAGACAUGGAAAUGAGUGUUUUUCUUCAGAAAAGCCUGCGGCCUACAGGCCAUGCCACCUUCAGCCCUGCAAUGAGAAGAUUAACGUAAAUACGAUAACAUCACCCAGACUGGCUGCUCUGACUUUCAAGUGCCUGGGAGAUCAGUGGCCAGUGUACUGCCGAGUGAUCCGCGAGAAGAAUUUGUGUCAGGACAUGCGGUGGUAUCAGCGUUGCUGUGAGACGUGCAGGGACUUCUAUGCUCAAAAGCUGCAGCAGAAGAGCUGACCUCUGGCUGGCUGGCUGGCUGGCUCGCGGCUCUUUGCAAUUAUGUUAUUUAUAAACACACACAUACACACACACACACACACGCAUGUUUUUCAGACCAAAUAUUAUCAGAUUACAUAUAAUUUAAUCAAAUUAAUUUAUUUCUUUUCCCAUGCCAAACAUCCAGUGUGUUGUUUGUCUUGGUUAUACAAACAUUUUGAUUUAUACUAUAUGGCUCAUAUAUAUGUUUAUAUGAAUACAAUAACUUGGAUCCUGUCAUCUCAAAAGGAAAACUAAAACACUUUUAAAAAAAUAUAUGUCUGUUGAGUUAGGACUCUCUCUAAGGUGCUACUCUUUUCCUACCACACCCAGUGAGUUACCCAGAACAUAUACUGACUUAGCAUAAUAGCUUAGUUCUAUAUGGAGGAAAAUUAUACUUGGUUUUUGGAGUCCUGCCGCAGAGUUAACUCAUUUGCUGUGAUCUGCAGGUGCAUACAGAUACCAAACCUCUUAGUGUUGAACCAGUUUCUUUGAGAAUGUAAUAUGAAUUUUGUUCAGAUUUAGAGACAUUUUUUGAAACAUCCUACUGUAAUUGUAAUCUUAUAUUAUUAAUGGAAGACAAAAGUAAAAAACAGAGACUUUGAUCAUGUUCAUGAACAUGUACUUGAACACAAGUAUUGUAACAAUGAAACACUGUAAUGAUUUACACUGAAUCACCAUUGCACUGUUGAUAUAGUGUAGAAAAACCAUUAUAGAAAUGGUAACAACCUACAAAAAAAGUUGUUUUAUUACAUGUUGCCAUUAGAUUUUAGCUUUUUUAAAUAUUUUGAAUGAAGAAGGCAUUGUUCCAUGCAUUUCUUUAUAUUGUUCUAGCAGAUUUAUGAAAGAGUAGAAUACAUAGCCUUACAAAUCAUAAUAAUAAAAUUCACUAAAUCUUUUUCAGCCUUCUCCGUAGGAACAAAGAAAAACAAAAAGUGUAUACCACUGUGGUAGUUUCAUUGUGUUUUUUUUUCUUUUAAAAAUUAAAAUGUUUUACAAGUCUGUGAAACGUUCAAAAGCCAGCUGAAAAUUUUCCUUGUGAGAAAAUAUUGUACAUGAUUCAAAUGAUUUCUUAGAUUUUUUUUUCAAUAAAAACAUGUGAAACAUGCCCAUGAGAAACAGUUCUUCAUGGAUCUUUCGUACUGUGGAGCGUCUGGCAAGUAGAGGCACUGUCUCCUUUUGUUCUGGAGGAUCUUUUGAAGAAUGUUUGCAUAAGGGAACACCUCAGAAGAUGGAAAUAGUGUCUUUAUUAAAGGGAAAAGGAAACAUGCAUAUUUGUCCUAAAAGUUUCAGAUUCCUUAAAAUUGGAAUUCCUUUCUUAUAACACAGCUGAUGGCAUGUGCAGGGAUCACUGGCCUCUUUUGAUAUCACCCGUUGGGAAUUGGGGCUCAGGGAACUAGUGAAAGAAAAAUGCAGAUUCUCUGGCCACUGCUAUUACCCUGAGAGUAAUAAAGUCUUGUGCCUCUAA